UAUUCUCGCUUCCUUUACGUAAGAACGUUACUCAAUCAGCCUUGACUCAAAAUUCACAUUUUUUUAAUUUUCUCUAAACGCAGUUGAGAAUUAUACGACACAUUUCUCUGGUAACUUCUUCGUUGAAUGUUGAUUGAGAAACUGGUCAUCAACUAUAUAUGCAAUAUAAUUGUAAUUAGUGCAUUUUAGAAAGGGACAUAAGAAUAUUACCUAUCAGUUAUUCGUUUGGUAGGGUUUGUGAUCGAUAUAUUUGUACUUCAUACCUUUUACUAUUUGUCAAGAUUAUGUUGGGGAAUUUCUUGCUGAGAUCGAUUUUCCUCCUAAUGAUUAUAUCAUGCAUCACUGUAGAUAUGCAAAGCUCUACAACAAAGGGUCCACCGAAGAGAACAACACCAAGGACUGGAUUUGUUAAAACACUGUUUCAAGUGGCAUACGAGCAAUGGGCUGACACAAGAAAUACUUUUGGAAAAAUAAAUAAGAUGCUGAAUGACAAUUUCGCACCUGAAGGAGCUGCUGCUGCAACAGUAUCGACAACAGAGAGUUCUGAUCCCAAUGCAACGACUACAAAAGCACCAUACAGAAUUACGAGGAACGAAUUCAGCAGAAUAUUGAGAAGAAAUGUUAAAGGGCUCGUCCGACUAUUCAAUUUAGAACUUGAUGAAGCUCUCAAGCAAUCCAAAAUCACUGAUAAGGAGUUCAACAGAAAUGCAUCCAUAGAAUUUUCAAAGUUCCUGUAGUUCAUUUCCAGGAAAAUGGUCCCGGGAAGUAGACAUUCUGAUAUGCUCAAUUUAAUUUAUUGAAAGUUGUAAAUAAUUAGUUUUAUAGUUCAUUGAUUAUGGUGAAAAUUUAGGCAAUACUGUUCAAGGAAAUAGAAAUUUUCCAAGAAAGAUGAAUUUUUGGAAUGUAUAUUUUUGUAUAUUUCUAUAGGCAUAAUAUGUAUCUAUUUUAUAGGAAAUUCAGGGUCUAUAGAUCAAUAAAUUAAUGUUUUAUUA